UUUUGGGCCCAUUUCACAGCUUUGAGGUGUUUCCCAGUUUCUGCAGGUACCUCCCGAGCUCAGCCAUGUCUGCCAGCACCCACAGCCACGCCGAGAGCCGGCAGUUCCCCGGGAAUUGCACCCUGGAGAGGGCCCUGAAGACCAUCGUGGACGUUUAUCACCGUUACAGCGUCCGGCAGGGAGAGCUCGACCUCCUCAGCUUAAACGACUUCAAAACGCUGAUCACCGAGCAGGCCCCCACCUUCCUGCAGGCCUGUGGCAGGAACCAACGUGGUUACUUGGACAAGAUCUUCAAGGAGACUGACCUCAACAAGGACAAGGAGCUGUCCUUCGAGGAGUUCAGCAUCGUCCUGGCCAAGGUGGCUGACGACGCCCAUCGCAUCAGCCACGGCUCCGACCGCUGCGGGCCCGACCAGGACUGAGCCUCAGCUCCCCCCCAUGGAACACCGGGAGCUUUAGGGCUGCUUUAGGAACGGGGCUCUGGGUGCUCUCUGCCUGCUGGGAUCCCUCACGCCUGUGAGACAAUAAAGCAUCACUUGAAAUCCA